GGGAUUGGAAUCGGAUUGGUCUUCAUCUUCCUCAUCAGCAAUGCAGCUCUCUUAUUGAGAUCCCGGCUUCCAAUGGUGGGAGUCAUGUUAGUGAUGGUGCCACUGUUGAUGAUGUUCACAAUAGGUCUCACCUUUGUUGGCGCUUAUAAGAUGGAGAGCAAGAGGAUUACAGCUUCCCCAAUGUGGUUCAAAUCCAAAGUUUAUAACAACAACAAAUGGAGUGAGAUCAAAUCCUACAUCCACAAAUCUGAAACUUGUGAAGAAAUGGCCAUCACAUCAAUGGCACUCAGCUCAUAUGUUUUGAACAUGCAGAACUUGACACCCAUACAGUCUGGAUGUUGCCGACCACCCACUUUCUGUGAAAUGGAAGCAGUGAAUGCAACAUUUUGGAUGAAGAAGGAUCAUAAAAGCAACAGAACUCAUCCAUAUGACACAGACUGUGAUACGUGGAACAAUGAUCAAAACAUUUUAUGCUAUGAUUGCCAGUCUUGUAGAGAAGGAUUUCUAAGAACAGCAGAGCACAAAUGGAGGGAGCUGGGGCUGUUUAUGGUUACCAUGGCUGUCAAGCUCAUUAUUUCUCAUUUAUCUGUGUUCCUGGGUACCAUGUUGGAACAUUAGGAUCCUAGCUAGAGCUACAGGAAAGCUGAAAGACUGUUUUUGCUUUAGAUAUCUUUACUUUUUACUUCUAUUUUCUGUUCUUUUUUUUCUUCAGUUAGAAUGUUCAGGGUUAGUUAAGUUAGAUGUUGUCUUUCUCAGUUUAAACUACAAACAGAAAAAAAAAAAUGAAAAGAUUUUGAAUUU